GGGGACAGGCGCAGGGCGGGGAGGUGCACCAGCUGUGCGGAGAAAACAAGCCCUGGGCUUCUCCAACCGAGCCACAGAGACGGUGUCCCUGCAGCCGGCGCUCACCUCUUGCUCGGCGCCGCGGCAGUGCUGAGCCUGGGCCGAGGAAGAAAGCGGAGAGGGACGCGCGGGAGAGCCCGGGGAGCUGUUCAGACCCGCCUGCCCUGCGGUGGGCUCCCCAGGAAGCGCCGCUGCCCCUCGGGGUUCUCGGAGGAGAGGCGACGGGCGGAGCUGCCGGCGGCCGCGCCGCGCUCUGAUGGCUUAGGAGACCUGUGCGAGCUGGAGCUGCCCCCAGAGACCUGCCCCGGGACCUUGCAGCAAGGGGGAAGCGCAAGACGGGUGCCCCGGACACUAGUGCUAAUUGAUGUGAGAGCCAGCAGCGAGGAAGAGGCAUGGGCCAGCGCGGGGCCAACGACAUGGCCAGCGCCGCUGCCUUAGGGAAUUUGGAGAAGGUGAAGGAGCUGCUGGACCAGAGGGCGGACCCCAAUGCAGUCAAUUCCUACGACAGGACCCCGAUCCAGGUCAUGAUGAUGGGAAACACCCAGGUGGCGGAGCUGCUGCUGCAGAGAGGAGCGGAUCCCAACCGCGCGGAUCCCCGCACCGGCUCCCUCCCAGUGCACGAUGCAGCGCGAGAAGGUUUCCUGGACACCCUUGUGGCGCUGCACCGAGGCGGGGCUCGCUUGGAUCUACGGGACAAAUCUGGCCGCCUCCCCAUUGACCUCGCUGUAGAGAGCGGGCAUCAGCAAGUGGUCAGCUACCUCCGAGCCCAGCCUGCAGGGAAUGCCGCUCCGCCCCAGGCAUAGGGCCCGCGCGGGCGGCCAGCUGCUUGGGGGCUCUGCUCUGCUCAGCCACACAAAGCACAGAACUGCAGGCACCAGGUUUGUCUAUAGCAGCCGGGUACCAUCCCCCAGGACAGCUAGGAGCCGCCUUGUAACCUUGAUACAGCAGGCUAGAAAUCACAGGUUGGCAGCAGGGAAUGCAGUGGCCACCACUCAUCAGGUUUCACCCAAUUUUGUUCAUCUUUAAUUCAGUGCUGUACCCUCCCCACAUUUACAGAAGAGUCCACAUUAUAUUGAUGUUACAAUAUUUCUUCCUAGAACAUAACUUAUUAUCCGUUUUUUUCUUAAGCGUGAAGUAUACUAAAGAGGAAUAAUAUAUUAUAAAUAUGCCACUUGGAAAUGUUCUCUUAAAUGCUCUAACAGCAAACACAGUCUUUGUUUUAGAUUUGUACUUUGCACAAAAUAUGUAUAUUAACUUUUACUUGAAAAAAAAACUAAACGUUCAAACACUACCACUGUAAAGGAAACCAUGAAGGUAAAUAUACCACUUAAAUAAUAAACUAUUACGAGUCUAACAGAAACCAAA